AAAAAUUGUCAUUGUCUUUAAAGUUUAUUUGACAAAGAUAUAUCACACCACCGAUCUGACCAGAUCAUAAUAUCCUAUGUUACACACUUCAACUCUAACUCAGUUUCAUGUCUUAGUUAAUCCAUUCCUUUUGUUUUUGACCUAAUUUCAACCCAAGUCAAAUCCAAUUCAAUACCUUUUCUUCAGAUUCCCCAAAUCUAAACUGGAUUUCUGCUCAAUUUCCCCUUUUUCAGAUCCAACAAUACCUCAAAUUCAAUGGCGGUUCAACAAAAAGGCAAGCUUUUUAUCUUCUGUUUGUUUAUCUUUUUCUCUUCUGUUCAUGUUUCUUGUAACCCUAAUAAUACCCCUGAAUCAUCAUGUUCAAUACAAUCACCGUCCAAUGAUGAAUCUGUUUCUGAAUACAAAACAACUAAUGAUCAAUUGAAUCAACAAGUUUUGUUGAAUAAGCUUGAAGAGUUAGUGAGAAAUCUGAGUGAUAUAGUUGCAAGAUUAGAGUCAAAGCAAUUGCAGCAAGAGCUUCCGAAGGUUGCUCAAGAGAAAAGUAGGUAUACUCAGGUAAAGGGUGGUGGUGGUGAUGAUGGGAGAUCGAGUAAUAGUAAAGUAGUUGUUGAAGAUGGUGGUGAAUUUGAGGGGAAAACUCAAAAUGGUGAGAGAGCUAAGGGAAUGUCUGUAACCAAGUAUACUCCUUUUUGGUCAGAGAGGUUUCAAUUUGCAUCUGCUGUGAAAUUGGAUUCUGAUGCAACUUGUAUAAAUGUUUUGCCUUUUAAGGAUCAUGAAGGGUUAAGUAAGUAUGUAGCAGUUAGUGAUGAGAAGGGGAGAGUUUAUGUGUUUUUGAGAAAUGGGGAUGUGUUGGUUGAGUUUGAUACUUUAUUGGAUUCGCCUAUUACGGCUAUGGUUUCGUAUACUUCUGCUUUUAAGAAUGAGAGCUUUGUUGUAACUGGUCAUGAAAAUGGGGGGAUGUUGAUACAUAGAGUUUGGGAGGGAACGAGUGGCGAAGAUUGGAGUUCGCUGUUCAUGGAAAAUGUUGGUAAGUUUGUGUCACCUGAAAAUCACGAGAAUGGUUUGGCUAUAACUUUGUUAGAAGUUCAUUUUGUAAGGAGGAUGAAGUACAUUCUAUCGGCCGAUACUAGUGGGAAGAUUAAGGUUUUUAAGGAAAGCGGUUUGUUUUAUGGUUCUGUUAUGCCGAGUACUAAGCCGUUGGUUUUCUUGAAGCAAAGGCUUAUGUUUUUGACAGAAACUGGUGCGGGCUCAAUUGAUUUAAGGGGCAUGAAAAUCAGAGAGUCUGAAUGUGAAGGGUUGAACCAUUCUCUUGCUAGAGGUUAUGUUUUCGAUGCCACGGAGCGUUCCAAGGCUUAUGGAUUUACGUCGGACGGUGAUUUGAUUUAUAUCCUGUUGCUUGGAGAUGUAAUGAACUUCAAGUGCAGAGUUAGGUAUAAGAAGAAGUUUGAAAUGGAGGAGCCUCUUGCCAUGCAGGUAAUUAAAGGGUACUUGCUUAUUGUUAACCCUAAAAAGGUUUUUGUGUUUAAUGUUUCGUCUCCUCAUUAUGUGAGAGUCGGGGUGCCUCGGCCAAUUUUCUCCUCAAGCAUCGAUGAGCUUAGAUCAUCAUUCUUGAAUAAUCCGACGCCGAGUCUGGACGACGAAACAAAAGUGAUGAUACCGUUGAUAGCUAGUGACCGCGAAAAGCUUGUUAUCGUUGGACUUGGAGGCGGUUAUGUUGGAAUGUAUCAUUCCAACCUACCUAUCUUUAAAGGCGAGUUCAAUACCAUGUUAUGGACUAGUCCGGUAUUGUUCUUUGUACUUUUCCUUUUCGGGGCUUGGCAUUUCUUCUCCAAGAAGAAGGAAGCACUUACAUCGUGGGGACCGGAUGAUCCCUUAGCAUCAGCAUCCGGUGCUCCCUUGGCAUCUAGUUCAAGCGAAAGAUCUUUUGUCGACUCUUCUUCGAGAACUUCUGCUGACGUUAUGGAUCUUAGAAGUGGAACUCUCAGAGGUCCACCACCGCCUAGAAGGUACGGCUCUCCUACAAGGUUUCCUGGUGGAGCAGCAAGUACCUAUAGACUUGGUACCGCUGAUCACAAUCCUAGACCAGCUUCAGUCGAUCCCGAUUUUCGAGCAACGUCCGAGCUUAAAUAUAGGGCAUCGACUAUGGAUCCUCCCGGUUUCCCGAAAAGAAGAGAUGGCAUGUUUGUAGGAAAUCAAGUUGUAAAUGAUCGCAGUUGAGCGGCGCGGCACUCAUCUCUAACUAGUUCAAGAGAUUUCCUUAGUUUUUAAUCCUUUGAUGUCUCACUGUGUUUUAGCUUUCAAGGGAAAUAAAUUUUUAUGAGAAGCUUCAAUGUUUUUUGGUUUAAUCAUGUUCUUGUGUUUGAGUUAUACAAGGUCCUUCACUUUUAGUGUCUGUGACAACACAAUUGUUUUGAAACUCACAGCAUUUUCUUUACAAGUAGUUGAUAGAAAGAAAAAGUGACUCUAUCUUCUUUUCAUAGAGUAAUAACUAAUUUUAAGAUUUAUGAUAUGUAUUUCAUCUUUUUAUUGUCA